CCCUCCGAGACAGGAGACAUGAGGUUCAGAGACACCUGUCAGGAGGACUACACAUCCAGAGAUACACAUCCAGAAGCUGCGUGUGAUGCAACUGGAUGCUGCUGAGUGUUUGACCCAUAGACUAUAAGGUUUGACCAUGGACUCUGCUGUCAUCAGAGCGUCUCGGUGACCAAGCAGCGUAAAGUUAUUCGGCUGCUUUCUUGUCUCUAUUCGUGUUAUUCCUCUUUCAUUUUCUCCACAAGCCGCAUGAGUUCGCCGCUGUUUCUAGGUCAGCUGGUCGGGGUUCCUUUAGAAAUAAUGCACCCCACCAUGGAGAAAGACACGACUCACACCAAGAUCUUUGUCGGCGGCUUGCCGUAUCACACAAACGACGCUUCACUUCGGAAAUAUUUCGAGACUUUCGGGGACAUCGACGAGGCUGUGGUUAUCACAGACAAACAGACGGGCAAGUCCAGAGGAUACGGCUUUGUGACCAUGGUGGACAGGGGAGCAGCAGAGCGGGUGUGUAAGGACCCGAACCCCAUCAUCGACGGCAGGAAGGCCAAUGUGAACCUGGCGUACCUGGGAGCAAAGCCUCGCAGCGCACAGACCAGUCUCUCUGUUGGAGUUCAGCAAGUCCAUCCUACGUGGGCUCAGAGACAAUAUGGGCUGGCCCAGCAGUACAUGUACCCCCAGGCCUUCCUGCAGCCCAGCCUGCUUCUGCAGUCCCAGCUCGGCCCCUCAGCAGCGCUCGCCUCCCCCUACCUGGACUACAGCUCCGCCUAUAGCCACUACGCCCACCCCGGGCUGGAGCAGUACCCCUACGCUGUCUCACCCUCGCCCUCCGCCGGCUUCCUCAGCUACAGCUUCUCCCCCGGCACGUCGGCGCCCACUCUCACCGCGUCCCCGACCCCUCCGACCGCUAUGCAUCCUUCCCUGGCUGCACUCAGCGCCAUGUCUGCCCCCCCGCAGGCCUUCCUGCACUACCCCCUGCACCAGCCCGACCGCAUGCAGUGAGCGACCCUCAGCUGCAGGACUGAUGAUUCGAAGCAGCGUGACUGUUGACCUAUGACUUCGUCUUCAUCUUCAGGAUGAGACUGGAUAACCAGGGAGAGAGUGUGACGUAAUCAAAAGGGCUUUAAGAAAACACUCUCAUUCCUGUCUUUUUAUAUAUAUAUUAUUAUUAUUGUUGUAAUAGUGGAUGAAAAUGUUCUGAUGCUACUGUCAUGAGCAUACGAUCUGAAUGUUUUUCAUACGUGGCAGACGUCAGGGACUGGAAUAAGACGGCUGGUAAUCUUGACGUUUUUAUCUUACUGCUGCUGUUGGAGGCAGGCCGACUGCUGGAGAGCGGACAUGUAAAGACAAAGAGAAAUAUGUCUGUUUGACAUGAUGCUGCGGCUGCAGUUUCUCCAAAGGUACUGAACUGAAUGCUGGAUAUUAGCCAAGCUGAGUUCCUCUUUCAGAAACGAAGGUCCAAUGACCUCCUCUGCAAGGUUACCUUUCUGUCUACGGCCUUAAAGAUCUCCCCCUAUCUCUCUCCACCUGGUUCACUUUGUGUUUGUCAUUCUGAUUAAUCUCUCAUCUCUAAUGAACAAAAUGUUUAUUAUGCUCCCUUUUGUCCCUUUCAUCUACCGCUGGCAAGUCAUUUCACGGUGAUAAUCACAGUUUAACAGAAUAUGCAAUUAUGAUGAUAAAGGAUGAGCAUUAAUAAGGUAGACAACACUGAUAUUUUGUUUUUAUAUCGCUACCGCUAGAUAUCACUGAGAGAAGGUCUUUGUUAGCACUCUAAAGUCAUUUCAUUAUGUUUCAGCAGCAGCUUAUUAGCCUAUUUGGAGCAGCAGUGUCUAGAUUUGGUCUAUGGGGACUGUUCGGUUUAAUGAUACUUAGAUGACACAGUUGUCAAUACAUAUCACGUGUUUGGAUGUA